AUGAGAUGCUUUCAAUCCGAUAACGGGGAGAAGAGAAAUGACCUGAUAACUACUUCUACUACAAGGUCGUCAAUGCCUCAUUUAUCUUCUAGUGCUUCUAGGUCGACCGAUGAUUUUAGAAGACUUGAUUCUGCAUUUGGAUCUCAGAAUUUAUCAGACAUAAGUGCGGGGUCAUCAAGCCAGACCCCAAGCCGGAAACAUUUACGGUGUCCAACACAAAAAUCUAACAAUCUUAGAGUGUUCACAUUAUCUAAGCUCAAGAGUGCAACAAAGAAUUUCAACCAGCUUCUCAUGAUUGGUGAGGGUGGGUUCGGGUGUGUUUGCAGGGCGCGGAUAAACAGUUCGGAGGAUUCACGUGCUAAGAUCGAUGUUGCUAUUAAACAGCUUGGCAAAAGAGGAUUGCAGGGGAAAGAGGAAUGGGUUACAGAAGUAAAUGUACUUGGAGUAGUUGACCAUAAAAACCUUGUAAAAUUAGUGGGUUAUUGUAACGAGAACGAUGAAAGAGAGCUAAAAGGAUGCUGCAGUGGCAAGGCAAAAGAAGAUGGAAGUGCAGAUGGGUUUGGUGUGCGUGUGACGUGCAUUUAA